GCCCCGCGCGGGCCUCGCGGGGGUGGUCGGGAGGGACGAGUAAGAUCGGUUCUGUUUCGCAGACAUCCUGGAUAACAGCAAGGUCGUCAGCGAGGAGUGUCGCGGAGAGCUCACCGCGCUCUUCGACUACUAUUACCCCAUCGAGACAGACCCGCAGCGGCCCACGGAGGAGAAGCUGCCGCACAUGGUGGAGUGGUGGACCAGGGCACACGAGCUGCUGUGUACGCAGCGGAUUCCGCAGCUGCAGAUCGCCGAGGUGGUCCGGGAGUCGGGUGCCAUGCUCAGGGAAGGCUACCAGGACUUCUUUGACACCCUGCAUCGCCACGGCGUCCCACUGUUCAUCUUCUCCGCGGGCGUCGGUGACAUCCUGGAGGAGGUGAUCCGGCAGAGGGGCGUGCUGCACCCCAACAUCCACAUUGUGUCCAACUACAUGGACUUCGGAGAUGACGGGCUCCUGCAGGGGUUCAAGGCCCCCCUCAUUCACAUCUUCAACAAGAACAGCCCCGCCAGCGGCAGCACCAGUUACUUCCGGCAGCUCCGGGGCAGAACCAACAUCCUGCUGCUUGGGGACUCGCUGGGGGACCUCAGCAUGGCAGACGGGGUUCCCGGGGUGCAGAACAUCCUCAAGAUCGGCUUCCUCAAUGACAGGGUGGAGGAGCAGCGCGAGCUCUACCUGGACUCCUACGACGUCGUACUGGAGCGCGACGAGACGCUGGACGUGGUCAACGGGCUGCUGCGGCACAUCCUGUGCGCGGGGGACGGCGGGGACGCCCAGGGCCCCUGAGAGCGCGCAGGGGCUCCUCCUCCCCGCCUCCAUCCUCAUCCCGGGACCCGGGCACCGGCUCUUUACAAAAAGUUUUUUAAACAUGGAAAGCUGUAUUUCAGACAAAUACAAUGGGUAAAAGAGAUGCAAAUUUAAAAAAUGAAAA